AUGAAGCCCCUCACCAAUAUCCUCGGUGCUGUCCUGUGCACUGCUGUUGCAGUCACUGCACAGGCACCCGACCCACAGCAAACUUCCGACAUUGAGAUUACGAAAGCCCAGCCCAGUGGCCCCGUAUCCGAAAGCAAAGCCGAUACCGAUUGUGCGAAGAAAUGCGUUAGCCCUCUCUCCCACGAAACCGAGGCUGAGUGGAACAUCGCGAUGUUCUGCUUGGAAAGAUGCGAACUCGACAAAGAAGCAGCGGUAUACCUCGGAUAUGAUGAUAUGCUCAGGAAACUUGCUACGCCGUUGAGUGCAACACCCAACUCCUAUCGCACAGAGGCUCGCGGAAAAGAAGGUGAGGGAGUCACAUCCCGGCGAGAUAUCCUUGAUGCGGAGAGUCUUUUGGCGUUUGCGGAAAAGCUCGAGAAGACGACCUGUUUCGAUGAGUCAGACUCAAAAGACCACUACAGACACGCUUUGGAAGGUUUCGAGAACCUGAACAGGCAGUUCACUCUUAGUACGACAGAUGAGAUGGAAGGACUGGCAAGAGAGGGGAACCCCGAAGAAGAUGUCAAGCGAACUGCCGCGCUGAGAGAUGGACCGUUUGAGUCAAUGCCAGCAAACGAAGGCACUGAUGCUCCAUCGUACGGAUAUCUCCUUGAUAGGGACAGUGAUUCGCCGUCUGCGGACGAGGACGAGGAUGCGGAAUAUGCGGAAUUUCUGAGCAGCAAUUGGGAAGUUGCCGAGAAGAUCAAUGCCUUGUGGAAUACUGAUAAGAUGUAUGUGGUGGAAGUCCCGGGUAAGACAGGUUCAUCGUCAGAGGGUUCCAAGCGAUAUUGGUUGCAUACGUAUGACGGUCGGAGAUACGGGCCGUACGACAACAAAGAUCUUUACUACCAUUAA